AUGGCGGCUGAAGAAGAGAAGCCAAUCCAAGAAGUGCUCUCCCUCCCAAUCCUCCUCGCCGAUCGCGUCGUCAAAUCAGCUCAAGACGCCCAGUCGUUCAAGCCGGAGAACGCCAAACUCGCCGCCCAGGUCACCGAGCUCUCCCACCACCUCCGCUCCGCCGCCCGCCUCGCCACCUCCUCCACCGCCGUAUACGACCGCCCCAUCCGCCGCGUCUCCGUCGACCUCACCAAAUCCCUCGACCGCGCCCUCACCAUCGCCCGCAAGUGCCGCCGCAAAAAGACCAACGUCCUCCACCACGUCCUCUCCAUCACCGCCGCCGCGGAUUUCCUCAAAGUCUCCGCCGUACUCGACUCCUCCUUGGCCGACAUCAAAUGGGUCCUCUCCAUAUUCAAUCAAAACUCCGACAUCAAUUUAUCCCUGCCGCCAAUCGCCGCCACCGAUCCCAUCCUAGCUUGGGUCUGGCCGUACAUCGCCGCCCUCCACAUGGGCCAACCCGAGGCGGCGAACGAAUUAGCAACCCUAACCCACGGCAGCAACGAACGGAACAAAAAAAUCAUCGUAGAAGAAAACGGGAUCCCCCCUCUAUUGAAAAUGCUAAAAGAAAGUCGAAACCUUGAAGCGCAAAUCGCCGCCGCCACCGCCCUCUGCAAUCUGGCCGACGAUCGAAGCCGCGUUCGGACAAUCGCAGAAGCCCUAGGCGUACAAAUCGUCUCAAAAUUGCUCCCGGAAGCUCACAUGAGGGUUCAAGUCACAUUAGUGAAUCUAGUCGCGAAAAUGUCGGAAAUGGAUUCCGACGUGCGGGAGGAUUUCGGGAGAGAGAAUAUAACGAGGCCGCUAGUCGCGCUUUUAGGCGUGGAUGUCGAUUUGGACGAGUUUAAAGAAUCCGCGAAUCCGAAGAAACCCGUUAACAGCAUCCAUUCGCUCGUCGAAAUUAACAAAGAGAUGACGAAGAAGAGCAUUCAUAGUUACGAUAGUAGUAAUAGUUUGGAGGGGAGCGGUAAGCGUAGGAAAGAAAAGGAGAGAGAAUCCGAGUCGCCUGAGGUUAAAUCGAGCCUUAAGUUGAGCUGCGCGAACGCGCUUCGAAAACUCGCGAGAGGGAGUUUAUCGAACAGCAAGAAAAUCACUGAAACCAAAGCCUUGCUAGUUUUGGCCAAGACUAUCGAAACCGAAAGCGGCGAUUUGAAAACCAACUGUUUGAUGGUGGUUAUGGAGCUGGCGGCGGUGGCGGAAUCGAACUACGAUCUCAAACGGGCCGCUUUCAAGCCAACCUCGACCGCCGCGAAGGUCGUCCUGGACCAGCUUCUACGCGUAAUAAACGAGGACUAUCAAAAUCCGGCCUUUGUGGUCCCCGCCAUCAAGACGAUCGGGUGUUUGGCUUCGAUGUUUGCCGCCAAGGAGAAACGAAUAGUGGAGUCUUUGGUUUCGAAUCUUGGCCAUAAGAAUCUUGAAAUCGGCGGCGAGGCAGCGAAGGCGUUGGGGAAAUUUGUGUGCGAGGAUAAUUAUAAUCGGAAGGAGCAUACGCAGGCGAUUAUCGAGUUCAACGGGGUGCCGAAGUUGAUGAGUUUAUUGAAAGGCAACGAUAGGGGUAGUUUGCAUUUGCACGAGCUCGUGUUGCUUUGUAAUCUCGCGAUAAAUGCCGGGAAUAGUAAAGCGCUCGAGCAGGCGAGGGCGUUGAGUGUAGUCGAGGGCUCGGCGAGAUAUGUCGUGAGUCAGAAUCCCGAGUUGAGAGAAUUGUUUGCUAAGGCUAUUCAUCAGCUUACUAUUUAUCAGGCUGGUGGAGUAGUACAUACUACGCAUAGACACGUUUAG